GAUGGUCGAUGAUCAUAGUUUGGAGAAAGAGACGAGGCGUUUGGCCAUUGAAUUCGUUUUGACAUUGGUCCAGUUCGUUUUAACAUUGGCGGAGGUUGAGAGAACGACUCCCAGGCAGCUGAAACUUGGGACGGAGUUUGAAAUUAAUAUGGAGGAGACGGAUAAAUAUGGGUCUUGGCAGGGGUGUGUGGAUAGGCUAUCGAAUUUGUCGUAUAGGAAUGCUAUUUUGACUGUUGCUUUGAAAGUGUUUCCGGCGUAUUUGGCUGCUCCUAAAGGGCAAAAACGCACUCAUGCCGCACUCAUUGCGCUCUCAAAGAGUAUAAUUACAUGGAAUUGUCGGGAGUGUUUGUUAAAAGAGAUAGAAUGGGAUGUCCGUGUUGCAGCUUUGGGGGCCGCAAUUAAUUUCUCUCAGUGUUCGGACUUGUUGACUUCGAUGCUGUCCAUGUUGGAGAAAGUGUUGGAGGAUAAGGAUGAAGCGGCGGCCAGCGAGGUGUUGAAGUUGUUGAUAGAGUUGGCGGAACCGAGGUUUUUGGUGGGGCAAAUUGAGGAGUGGGUGAAGAGAAUGUGGCAGAUUGCGAAUAAUGAUGGUUUGAACGUAGGGACGAGGCGUUUGGCCAUUGAGUUCCUUUCGAAAUUGGUGGAGGUCGAGGAGAUAGCGCCUUGGCUGCAGCAGAAUGUGAGGGAGUUGUUUGAAAUUUUGAUGAAAAUGUUGGACUAUAUUAAUGAUAAUGAUCAUAAUGCGGAUUAUGUGUCUGCAUGGGAGAGAAGUAAUCAUUGGCGUAUUUGGAGGAGAUGUUUGGAUAUGCUGUUUAUUGCGGUGCAUAGGAAUGAUAUGUUUUCUAUUGUUUUGGAAGUGUUGCCGGCGUAUUUGGAUACUCCUAAGUGGCAAAAGAAGUAUAGCGCAUUCAUUGUGCUCGCAGCGAGUAUAGAAAGAUGUUGGAAGGUAUCAAAGCUUUGCUUUUUAUAA